CCGAAACCACACAACCAGAAACCAUCUGGUACCAUUUUUUCGGCCCAUUAAACUGCUCCGGCGAGGCGAAGACGUUGGGGAACCGGCGCGGCGCGCGGCAAGCACGAGCGCUCCUCCGGGGAACGGAGGCGAUGGAAGGGAGCGGCGGCGAGCCUGGGACGGAGAGCAGCGCCGGGUUCGAGUGGGACGCGGACUCCCAGCUCUACUACCACGCCAGUACUGGGUUUUACCAUGACCCUGUAGCUGGCUGGUACUACAGUAGUACAGAUGGUCAGUACUACAUCUAUGAGAAUGGAGAUUACAAGUUAUGGACUUCAGAUGUGGGCAAGGAACCCAAAGUACAUUAUCCAUGUGAUGAAGCUAGCCAAGGUUUUUUAGAAUGCACUUCAGGUCCGGAACUGGAUAGUCCGCAGCAACCCCCGCCAUCAGAAUGGAUGGAGGAAACACUGAUCAACAUGUAUUUAUCAGGAUACUCUAAUAUAGAGGUUAACACUGAAAAUUUACUUGGAGACUCACAGACCAAUGAGGAAGAUAGAAGUGAGGCAGCUGAGAAUAAACUUAGUAACUUGGCUCAGGAUAAUGCACCAGACUCUCUGAAUGAUGCUACACAGCAGCAAAUAGAAGAUAAAAUGCAAACUGAGAACACAGCUGUACAUGAAUCUUUAGGGGAAGAAGAAGAAAAAUGGCUUUCUCAGUAUGGUCAAGUAGAGAGAGUAAAUGAUGAUAUUCCAUUGCUUCCAAGCGUCGAUCUGUGGGACUGGCAUAUGGUAACAGAACCUGUCAGCAAAGGUCAACCCAUGGCUAGGCUUGUGGGACGUUUAACUAGGGGUUCUAGUAAGCUUCAUCCUUCUCUGCCUGCCCGUGGUGGCCUUCUAAGAACUGCUCCUGUAAUCGAAGUUCAUCUUGAUCUUGUACGUGUUUCAUCAGGGAAGUUGUACAGGUUAAGGAACCCAAGCAGGAAACACUUGGCUUCUUUAUCAGCAUAUGAUUCUUCCAAUCCAACAAAAGAUUGGGGUUUUCCUGACAUAUAUGCUACUAACAACAAUUCACGUAAGCUGUCAACUGCACAUUGCCAGCCUGAAGUUAUUGAUGAAUCUUCUAUCGGUACAAGUGUUUCAGCUGCUAGUGGCAAGGAGUAUAAGAUAAAUACUUAUAGGGACAGGGCUGCUGAGAGAAGGAUCCUGCACCGUGGCUUAGGGAUAGGACCUGGGCAGAAACAAAGUAAUGUCAUCAGUUCCGAUGAAUAUGGGGAAACAAUCGAGACCAUGGACUCAAUGGGAGCUGCACCAGUUGAUAUGAACUUCCGUUCCAGUGGUUUGAAGUCUGCCAAGAGAAUCAUGGAGAAUAUGGGCUGGAAGGAAGGAGAGGCCCUUGGUAAAAGCAGACAGGGUAUUGUGGAACCCAUACAUCCUGCCAUCAACAAACAUGGUGCUGGUUUGGGAUGGAAUCAAACCCGCUGAGAUGUUUUUGAUCUCUGAAACCUCAUCAUGGUGAUUUCAAUGCAUGUUUUGUGGCUUCUGGAGGUAAAUGCAUACUGCAUCACAUAAGAUAAUUUGUAUCACCCGCUAAGAUUCAAAUUUAUAUUUUCAUUAGUUUGUGUAGCUUCUCUCACACAAUUAAAAAAUGGCCAAUUCAUACUUAGGAGCCCUAUGCUAAUCAUAUUUCGACAUGAAAAUGCACUAAACUGUUGCCUAUGAACGUGCCAAAACAUGGUGCCGUUGAUUCAGGCAUAACUUCUUCUAUGCAAGAUAUGAUGUAACGGUCUCAUGCUCAUCAUGGCAAUUCAGACCUUUCAGAGGAUGUUAUAUUACCAGUAGAGGUUUUGCUUCCUACAUAUGUUUUAUCUAUCUCAAGCAUCUGGGAAACCUGUUGUGUACCUGAAGUUAUCUGAAUUUUCUCAAGAAGGUUAGUUGUUACUUGUUAAUGGAGAUACAGACCAAGUUGAUAGAAUGAAAACCAUCAGAACUUUCUUAACAACGAAAAUUGAAAACAAGCUAACAUUGACUUCAGUGUUUUGAUUUUGUAUGUUUCCGAAGCCCCAACAUACUGCAUAACUGUAACACUGUUGAGUGUAAGCGAUAUCGUAUUUUUUGAGGGAUUUUCCUUUGUUCCUGAGUUCUGCAAUUGCUGAUGUGCUGUCUCAAAUUACAGCAAUUCUAUUGCUCACAUUCAGACUAUACAUUGCGCAUGCCUCAUCGUAUACACAGUAAAUUGUAUGGCUUUUUUCAAUCUACUUGGUAACAUAAAGCUUACAUAUUUGAAGAGUGGAUCCUGUUAUGGCUUGUUAUUUUUUUCUUGUUAAUCUGUUGGUUGAUAAAAUGUGCAACGACUUGGAAUUGCUCUCUGUAACUCUUUGUAUUUGUUUCUUUGCCUGCAGUGUGGUGAAAAUGCUCUUUAGCCUAUUGAUAUUUGAAUGACAUGAGUUUCUUAGGUGUUGCCUAGAGUAGAUGCAAUCAUUUUGUACUUUUGAGAUGCUAGGAAUGCCAGAACAUAUGUUUGUUUUGGAAGUAGCUGUAUACUUUGGAUUUUUGCUUCAUUUUGCUUGAUGCCAUUUGACCUUGAUAUGGAGCAUAUGUAGUGUGGUCAUCAUGUCUCAUAAUCAUCAAUGCAGAACAUUAGUUAGCUUCAUUUAAAUGCUGGAGUCGAACCUUUUGAUGUGGCUCUUGCACAACGUAACUGCGAGAGCAUUUGAGAUCUAAUAGGACUCCGCACUUCCUGCUGUGCGUAGUGUACCUUGGACAGCAAGUCUCUUUCAGCCCCAUAGAAGCAUUCAAGCAUACUGAAAAGUAAAGUCAGUCUUCCUUGGGAGCAAUUAACAAUAUAAUUUUUUUGGGAGGAAGCUGGAGCUACUGAUUAUGUGCAAGCAAGGUAUAUGUACUGCAUAUGAUAAACGAAAUUGCUAUGAUAAAAGGGGGUGAGAUCACAAAGAGAAGGGAGGGAAGAAAAGGGUGGUCAGGACUUGGGACAAUUAUUAUAUGUAUGCUUUUGGCCUAAUUGCUUUCUAGGGCGGAAAGAAAUCAAAGGGCUCAAUUCCACCAGCCUGAAAACCCGGGCACUGCUCCCAAUAUGAUUCUCUAAUGACAAUUAGUACUACUAUUAUCUUGGUGUACUAAUCACUGAUAUGGCCGGUUCAACUGCUCAAGUGCAACUUGUCCCCAAACCAACUCUGACGUCGGUUCAGACUAUCAUUUGAAUCCAUAAUGAUGUACCAGCGGGAACUGGAAAUCGGUACACUAUAUGAAUGUGAAGGCGUCAGAUUGUAAACAAAAGAGUAGAGUUUAUUAGCGGGUACUGCUUUAGUGUCUUUAAUAUAAGUAUUCAUGAGUAUUCCAUAACCUAUAAAUUGAUUAUCUAGUUCGAUAUGUAAAUAUACCAUUUGAUCUGAUGGUCCAAAUCUCUGUAUUUACUCUUCUGCUAAUGGUGUGAGUUGAUCUGUAGUC